UGAGUCAGCCAUGAUCGGUUUUGAGUUGAAUGAUUAGACUUGUUGUAGUCACUUGUAGGUAUGUUUCGAUGGCGAUUAUAGAUAAAGUAAGGCAAUUUCCAAAAUUAUGUAAGUUGUGUUGCUUGUUCAACUCCUGAAAAAUAAUUGUAUUGCUUACUCAUAGCCUUUAAUCUUUAUCAAUUUUUCCGUGAGAAAUAAUUUUGUAGUUCAAGGACUGACUUUUCUGUAAAAAGUAUUAAUUAUAAUUAAAGUACAUUAGAUAUGUAUAAAUUGUAUUUUAAUAAUAUAAUAUUUUGAUUUUUGCACGUAUUAAUGCAUGGCCAACUCAGUAUUGAAGAUUUUGAAGUUUUUUAUAGCCUAUAGCACAACCAAAAUUAAAAAAACUACCCUCAAUUCAAUUUCAGCUAAUCAUGUUUUAGAAAAUAACCAUAAUAUUAGUUUUGAUAUUAAUACAAACUUAUAAAUAUUAAAUACCUAAAAUAAAAUUUACAUUAAUUAGUUUUAGAAAAAUUACACAUACCCAAUGAAAUAAAGAAAAAUAAUUUUAAUGAUAUUUUAAAUGUUCAAACCAAUUUUAAAAAUAAUAUUUUAUAUCAAUACAUUUUAGAUAAUAAAUAAUAACCAAAUAAUUUAUAUUUCUUAACAUAUUUAUGUCUAAUUAUAACCAAUUUUAAAUAUUCUCUCCUAAAAUCAAUUAUUUCUAUAUUCUAUGUAAAAUAAGCAAUUUGUAAAAUUUUUUUUUCUAUGUAUUCCUUCAUUUAAUUUUUUAUAUUGAGUCCCAAUUUACAUUUUCUGUGAUAUACCUGAUGAUAAUUUUUUAAUGUGAAACUGGUUGUAUAAUAAACUUCUCAUAAUACUCCAGGCAAAGUAUUAAUUAAUGAAUUGAUUUAUUUCUACAUAUAAAUUAUUUAUUUAUAUAUUUAUGUACUAUAUUUAUUUACUUAAUUGAUUAAUAUUCUCCAAAAUUGUAUUAUAAAUAUAUGUUUGAUCAAAUGUAAGUUGAUUUUCAAUUAUUGACACAUUUUCAUUUUUAAGUUCUUUUUCAUAAUAUAUAGAACUAUUUAAAUUUGCUAUGUCAGUUUUUGGACUUCAGUGAGGUCUUGGUAUUUGAUAAUGUUUAAGAUCUUUUCCAAGCAGAGGUAUUAACUUAUCUUCUAUUAGAAUUAAAGUUUUAUUGUAAAUUAAAUCAUUAAACUUAGAAUCUGGAUCUACCAAUUUUUCUUUAUAUAAAACAUCAUCAGCUAAAAUAUUUGUAUGAUUCAAUCAUAAUUUUAAUGGGUUACUUAGCUGACAAUGUAUUUACAUAAUCUUAUUUUACAUGACAUGGUUCUUGUAAUGUAUUAUCAUAAUGCCCAUCAUCUGCUUUGUAAACAGAUUAAAAAUUAUAAUAAAUUAUACCAUUGAUAGUAUGUAAACUUAAAAAGCUGGCUUACGAUAUAAAUGGGGAUAGGUGCAGCCACUGUUAUAAGUAGGGUUUUAAAAUGUCAUAAAAUAUAUUACUAUGUUUAUUAAUUUAAGUAUUUAAUAUUGUAAAUUGUUUCAUAAUUAUUCAAAAUUAUAUUAUAUUUAUACAAUUAUAAUUUAUAAAUUAUAGUAGUGCAGUGUUAAAACUUUGUGACUAUAGUUGUAUAAAUAGGUACCUAAUAGCAAUAUAGUAUAUAGCAAUAUAAGUUAUAUUACUGUAUUGUUUUACUUUAUUGUAUAUUUCAAUAUUUGUAUAAGAAUUUAGUUUUUCUGAUAUGAUUAUAAAUUAUAAUAUUACCAAUGAAUUAAUAAUAUUUAGUAUAUUUAAUUUUUUCUUAAAAUAAUGCAGGAAUAUUUUUCAAUACUAUUUGUAGAAAUAGAAUAUUCAAAUAUAAAAUAAUUUAUCAAAAUAAUACAAUGUUACUAAAUUUUUAUUUUCUUUUUUUCUUUUUUGGUAAGGUGCCCACCAACAACAUUAACACUGUCGUUACACCCAUUUAAUAAUGUUUUGGUCCAUUAUUAAAAACAAAUCUUGACAUUAUAAUUUAUUUUUUUUUGUUCGUCGCGUCUUACAAUAAUAUUAAUUUAAUUUGAAAAUAAAUAAAAUAUGUAAGUACCACGACUUUAGAUACAUCCGUGGAACUUAUUAUUAAAAUAAUUCAGGUAAUUUAUCUAUUAUAUUUGCUUAAUUUAUCAUAGAAUUAAAUUGAAAAAACCUUAAUUUUAAUUGGAACCAAAAAUGAAAAUGAAAAUUUGGAUAAAUUUUCAUAAUUUCCAAUGGAAUAUUUUUAUUCUUUUAAACUUUAUACAAAUCUCUUCUACCAUGCUUAAUUUAAUUGUGUGUAAAUCCUUUAUAAAAAAAUGUUUAAAUAGUAUUAUUCAUUUAUGAUUUAAUAAGGUCUAAAUAACUGUGAAAUAUAGGUUUAUGUGUAAUAUAUACAAAUAUAUAGUAUAUAAUAAACACGGCAAUUAAAAAAAAAAUUUUGAAUAUUUUAUUUUAGAAAUAACGAUUAUUUGAAGUAUCCGUUUUUUUAAAGAUUUUAUCACAUAACUUCUAAAUAAAGUUAGAGCGACAUUUUUUGUAAUUUUUUUCUAAAUUAUCGACUAAAAACACAUAAUAUGAAAAAUAAAAAUUGAAAAAUUUACAUAGGUAUUAAAUUAACUACACUUGUUCUAAAAAUAAUUUGGUAAAAUUGUUGAUGUUAUUUCUUCGUAGAUGUUUAGGUUUUUAAUACCAUUGAAUUAAUUUCAAAUAAUAUGGCAGAUAUUAGCAAAUAUUUUUAGUUUUAAUAUACUUUUUAUAAGUACGACUAUUAAAUUAUACAACAAUUUUAAGUUGAUCAUGCUUGAACCAGAACAUAAUAUAUAUAUAUUUAACUAUACAUUUUAUAUGAUAUUUACAUAUAUUUUAAUUUUUAAUCUAUAUGAAAUCGUUAAAAUUUGUAAAAUGUUAUAGUUACCUCCAGGGAUAGAAUCCAUAUUUUAUAACUAACAAAAAACCUUUAUUUUUAAUGUCAUAAACUGAUGACAAAAUAAUAUAACAACGAUAAUGUUUGAAACAAAAUCACACUAUGGCAUAAAAACUGUAAGGAUCGCGUGUGGUUAACAAAAAAAUACUAACCCAUUAAUCGUUUUACUUAAUGUUUAUCUAACUGAACUGUGUACUCUGAUAUAUAAUCUUUAAAUUGUCUUAAUAUUAAUCGUAUAGAGUUAUUUUCAUUUUAUUGGGUUUUGGCCUUGAUUUUUCCAAAGUCAUUCGCGCCAUUGUGUCCCACUGGUAUAAGUAUACCCAUUUAAUGCACAAGAAACUUCCACAGUUCACUAGUUAAUUCGUACAACUCGAAAUACGAACUGGAUACAUAUCAUUAGUGGGUACCUAUAUCAAAUUGUAUAACUCAUAUUGUGUGUCAUAUGCAUUUUAUAUAGGUGCAUUAAAGUGCAUUUAUUCUCUUCGUGUCUUCUGUUAUACUUGAACACAAUGCUUCUUUAUUAAAUAUCAGAUAAACUAAAAUCUUGUUUUUGUAAAUACCUUAUGCAAAAAAACCAAAAACUUUAAGACAAUUAUAAGUAAAAUAAAAUAUGGAAAAAUCUAAAGUUCAAACAAUAUUAUUUUAUUUACACUUUUUCUCAGAUUUUGAUUCUUUGUUCAAUCACUUUUUCUCUGGUUCUUUACUUCAAAUUUCAUUUAUGUUAAAAAAUGUUUGCUGUUGUAUUUAAAUUAUUAGUCAAACCACCCAUCGCUAUAAUAUUUUACAUAGUAUUAUCAUAUUCAUACAAUAUAUUACAAAGAAGAGAUAACGUAACAGUUGAGGUCUGUUUGUCUAAUUCAAAAUGGUAGCCAAACAUCAAUCACUAUGCUAUUUUACAAGACAUUAUGAUAUUCAUAAGUAAGCAUUAGUUAAACUAAUAUCUGCUACAGGUUGUAUUAUUAGUGUGAACUGUACGAGUAUACAAUUUCCUACUUAAGGUACUAAGGUACAAAAAUUUCAAUGUAAAAAUAUAUUUAAUAUAUUCUAUGUAAUAUUUACCUAUUACAAUAUUUACCAUCCAUUUAAUAUUGUUCUGGUCCAUUAUUAGUCAAGAUAACAUGGAAAAAUACUUAAAACUUCAUGAACUUCAUGCAUUAAAUUACUUAACAGUAUUGUGUGCCAUAUUAUAUGAAACGUAUGCAGUUAUAAAACAAAACUAAAAUAAUUACACCUUAUUAUAUUCAUUUAGGUAUUUAUUUAUUAAUUUGUUAAUAUGUUUAUCCUAGUAAACUUCUCCGAUGUAUAAGUGUAGCACCUUUUCUGAAAAUCAAUUUUAUCUACUUGGUAAAUACAUAGGUCGGUUUUUGAUUUUCGAAACGGUAUUUAAAAUAAUAACGAUUAUCCGAAAAAAAUACGAUUUUUUCACAAUUUCAUUAUUUUAAAUAAGUACCUACCACAUUUUCCAGCAUGAAUAUGGCUCCAGUUGAAAAACGACAAAGACAUUUUUUAAUUGAUAAGUCGUUUUUAAUACUAUUUAAAUUUAACACGAUACAUUGUACGGCACAUCGGUAACAUAAUUAUUAGAGUACCUAUAUGAAAACCAUUAAUAUUAUAUCACCGUUUUUAAUACUAUGUAUCGAUACAUAGUACGGCACAUUGAUCACGCAAUCAUCACAAUAGAAUUAUCAUAUUAUGUACCAAUCUCGAUUCGAAAAAUAUUAUUUUAUAAGUAUUACUUAUGCUCACCAUACAUAGAAAAGAUACAAGUAUUUUUAAUAACAAUGAAAUGUAUAGCUAUGAAACAUAAUCAGUGGUGUCACCGUUAUCGUGCGCACAUGCAGGUAUAAAGGUUUUCGUUUUACUAUUUUGCGGUCGCCCGCGCUACUCCGCAUACCAUUUGACAACUAUCGGUUGCAGAUGUCGACAAAAGAUUUUACGAAAUAUAAUCGUCGGCGACGACGAACCUAUCGGUCAGAGAGCUGUAACUUCUCCUCCGCCCAUCUACCUUUUGCUACGGUAAAUUAUUAUCUAUUAUUAAAUAUUAUUUUAUAUAGAUGGUACUCAAAGAAGAAAGAUUUUUUAUAUUCGCAUACCUAUACGAAAUAUAAUUGACGACGACGACAACGGACAUAUCGGUCCGAGAGCUAUAACCUCUUUCCCGCCCAUCUGCCCUCCGUUUCGAACAAAUAUUAUCUAUACAACAAAAUAAUAAAUAUCACAUAAUCGUCGAGCGAUUUCCUGUACAUAGAUUUUUGUCAACGUCAAUAUAAUUAUUAUAUCCGUUGGUAUCAUCGACCUACUGGUUCAAAGGCCGACAAUAACACGAUCCUCAUUUUCCUACACACACACACACACACUUUGUUAAUAUAGUGCUUUAGAAAUUUGUAAACACAUAUAUGAUAUUAAAUAAAAACAAAUUUUUAAAUAUUGUCGGAAUAUUAUAUUUUAAAAUAAACAUACAUCUAAGGUCGCAUAAUAUAUAUUCUUAUAUUUAGAAAAAUAUUAAAACUUUAUAAGCAAUUAACCAUUUUCGUAAGGUAAAAACUUUUUAAAAUGUACAUUGUUUAGGAUUCAAAUCCAUAUGAAAAAUACAGCAAGGUAAAUUGUCGUCUGUACACAAUUAGUCUAAUCGUGGACACUCCAUGAUCUCUAUAUUGAUAAUUUCGAAUUGCGGAAUAAAAUCUAUGAUCAUUUUUUGUUUCUGUUUUCACGUCUUUUUCACAUAAUGGAUCUGUUUAAUAAAAAUAUUGAACAUUUUUUUCAAAAUAAAUAUUUUGAAAAAAAGGGGUGGUGGAAAAAUAUGUCUUCUAAGUCGAUAAUAAUGUAGGAAAUAAUUAUUUUGAAAAAAAUGUAUGUCGAUGAAGAGGUGGACAAUUCGGACGGCCAUGUAUUAGGUAUAACACCUGGGCGCCUGGGCAUCUUGCACUUGUACCUGUGCCUGGCGUAGAAGCCCUCAUUUCUUACUACUCCUAGACAACAUUCCCUUUCAGAAAUGGUGCCACGCGUAAAUAUCUGAGCAAGAUUUCUGGUAGAAUUUUUGUACACAGGAUAAAAAAAAGGAAAGGUAAGAUAAUGGGGACGGGUGCAGCCACUGAUGUAUGUGGGAAGUUGGGAAGGUAGGAUAUAGAUGGAAAUUUAAUGUAUAUCUGUAAGCAAUGGUUUAUAUUGCUUACGAAAAAACGAUUCUGAGCGGAGUUCAGUUAAUAGUUUUCAUUAUUAAGUGUGAGGGAACUGUAUUGUAUGUGUUAUCAUUUUCUUAUAUAACUUUAAAAUGUACAAUAAAUAAUGCUAUGAUAGUGGAGGCACUAGUCUGUCACUGAUGUGGAGCGGUCCUGAAAUAUUUUCAUCAAUUUUGGUACUUUUUUGAUACUGAAAUUGCUACUCGGGUAUGACUAAAAUAUUGAAGUUUUUUUUUUUAUUAUUUUUGUUCGUACAAGUACAUUCAAAAUGAUACACCUAUAAAGAUAAAUUAUGAUAUUUUAAUUUAAUAAAAUUAAUAUACAUAAAUACAUAAUAUAAUAGUAUAAAAUAGUUAUUUAUGAUAUUAUGUGCCAAUAGUACUAUUAGUGUCAUUAGUGCUAUUACUUAAAUAAUUUAAUAUUAUUAUUAGAAGAUAAGUACUCAUAAUUACUUUUGGUGAUAAGUAAUAAUAAUACUUUUGUGAAUAAUAAAAUUAUAAUAUUAAACUAUAUUUUAUUAGUUUAGAAUUUUUUUUAAACGUUUUUUAUUUUAGUUUUUCAAUUUUUACUUGGUUAUUAUAUGUAUUUCAUAAGUUCAUACUCAUGAUCCGUAUAGCCAACUUUAGACCCAAUGCCUUGAAAAAUUACUCCAUCUAUAAUUAUACAUUAACAAUUUUAAAAAAAAAAUACAUAUUUAUGAUAAGUAUAAGUAAAAACUUCAUUAUUAAAAGUCAUUAAGCACUAACCAUAUUUUAAAAUAUUUUUAUUUAUUUGAUUGUUUAGAACAUUGAUAAUGGCUAUUUUCAAGCUAUCGACAAGUUUCAUUAGUGUAUCUGUCGGUGCGGAGCAAUUUCAAAUCUGAGAUUUACAAAUUGGGUCAUAGGUGGCUGUAAAUAUCAUGAACUUACGAAAUAUAUUAUAUGAUUUUAUUUAAAAACUAGAAUGAUUUUUGCCAGUAGAAAAUAUAAUUACCACGUGUCAGACAAAAAAAAGAAAUGAAAAAGUUUAAAAUAAAUUCUUGACUAUAGUAAAAUAUAUUUUAAUAAUAUAAUUAUAUUAUUAAUAAAAGUAUUAUUAUUUAAUAUUACUAAAAUUAAUUACGAGUUACUUCCUAAUGAUAAUCAUAUCACAUUGUUCAAACAAUAGUGACCUAUUGACAUAUACUAGGUAUCUACCUAUAUUAUAUUAUUUAUGAAUAAUAUUUUAAUUAACUAUUUUGUUUUAUUAUACCUAUUAUAUAUUUAUAUUUAUUAAUAAAUAUGUUAUAAUUUUUCUUGAAAGGUGUAUCAUUUGAAAUGCACCUCUACAAAAAAAAAAAAAAAAAAAAAAGAAUACUUCCAUAAUUUUACUCAUAUUACCAUUGAAAUAUGUACGAAUAAUAAUAUUUUUGGUCCUCUACCGAUAGGCAGCGAACUUGGCGGAAAUUUUAACUGCAGUAAUGUUUUCAAUUAAUUUAUCUUUGGUGGCGGGUGAAAGUGAUUACACUUCCAAGGUUCGAGCUUCAUUUAUCACACGUUCGUUCGAUAUCUUUUUGUAUAUCUUAUCAGUAUUUAAUCCAUGUAUCCUUAUAUCUUAACUAAAUUAUUCGUGGCGCCACACUACUACUAGUACCAUUCAUUAUUAUCAGUUAUCACAUCAUUAAUUUUUGUACACAUUGUUUAUGGGUAAACUAUGAUAUUGAUCAAGUUCAUUUGUGGUAUUCAUAUUCAUUUUUUUUUUUAGUGCAGUUUUUUUAAUUGUCUUAAAUGUUAAUAAUUUAAGUCCAAAAAUAUCAAAUUUUAAAAAAUCACACUAACAAACUAAUGCGAUAUAAAUGAUUCUCUGAGAAUUUAUCUUGUAAAAAAUAAUAUCCUCCAAAUUUAGAAGUAAAAACUCCAAUUUGGCAACAUUGGCGAGACGGGUGGAUCCACCAAUCAGAAGCUGAGAACUAUGACUGUGAGUAAGUUAAGAGAUGUGUGAUAUAUAUCACAAAGUUGCUACCACACGUCCACACAUAUUUAGUAUUUACUUUGUCAUGUAGUAUUUUAUUUCUAUACCUAUGCUUUAAAUUUAUUUAAUUUAAACAUUUUAAGGUUAAUUCAACAUAAAAAAAUAUCAUUCAACUGAAUUCAAUUGAAUUUAUUAAUUUAGAAGACGAUAAUUAUUUUUAAUUGAAGUUUACUAUUUUUCUAUUAUUCUUAUAUUUAUUUGUAUUGAAUAUAAUUCAUUAUAUUAUAAAAAUGGAUAAUUCUAAAAUGAAACAUGAGGUAACUUGUUUUAUACUAAAAUUCUCAAUAAAUAUUUUAAAGGAAUUGUUUUAGAAAACAAUCAUUAACUCUAUUUUAGUUGUUCAAUUCUCAAAUAUAUUAUGUGUUCUCCUGUAAAAAAAAUGUAUUUAAUAUAAUAUUUAUUAAAAUAAAAAGAAUUAUAUAUUUUUUUGUCUUUUCUUAAAUAAUUUAUUAAAAUUCAUAAAACUUUAUUUUUAUUAAAAUAUUAUAAUUUUACAAAGGUACCUGGUGGUAUAACCUCACUUAUGCCAAGCAUUUCUGAUGACUUAUUAAGUUAUAUAAAUUGCAUAGAAACUUUACCAUGUUAUAAAGGUGAAUCAACCUUGCCACCUAGAGAUAUUAAUUUGAUGUCAUUGUAUGCAUAUAAUGAUUUAAACUUCCUACCAACUUGUAUGGUUGUAAGUGAUUUGUUAUUUAUUAAAUUUUCUGAAAUAUUUUUAUCAAACAAUGAUUUUAUUAUAGCCUGUAAGAGAUCCUAAGACUGGUGAAAUCUUAAGUUAUGAAGAAGUCAUUAACAAUGAAAUUAAUCAAAAUGAUGAUGAUUUAAUACCCAGUUUAAAAUCAAUAAACAAUAAAAAUAUUAGAGCCCAACUUGAAAAUGAUGCAUCUUUCUUUGAAUUUGAUCCUAGUAUGUAAACUUUAAAAAAUUAAACAUUUAUCAAAUUAUAAAUAUAUUUUUAAAUGUUGUUUUUACUUUAGAUGAAUUACCAAUAGCCCCUGGAAUGUCAAAGAGUUUGAAAAUAAUCCAAAAUGAUCAAAAUACAACAUUAAAUAUUUUCACUCCUAAAACAACAUUAGAACAUGAAUGGGCUGAAGACAUAGUAGGGGGAUUUUGGGAUGAUGAAAUACCAGAAACAGAAAACCAACCAAAUAUUGUACCAGAACCAAUUUCUGUAGAUGAAAUUAAUCAUAUUAAGGUAAUUAUAAGUUAUUGAUUAAGAAUUUUACUUUUAAUAUAGGUAAUAUUUAAUUAAUCUUAAUUUUUUUCUCAUAGAAAUUUAAAAACUUCCAAUUAAACAUUUCUGAAAAUUCAGAAAGAGCUCUUGUAAAAUCUGAAUGGGUUGAGGAAUUAGAUAUUUCAAAUCCAAUACAUAACUUUGAUGAGCUAUUACCUGAUCCUGCAUAUAAAUGGGAAUUUGAAUUGGAUUCAUUUCAAAAACAAGUAUAUACAUUUUAAAUUUUAUUUUACAUAUUUUGAAUAUUUUCUUAAUAUCGACUGGUAAAAGCAAAAGGGGCUAAGCACCAGUUUAUUUACUUUUCAGGAAAGCAGAAACAAAAUUUUCAUUUGUUCUUAAUUUUGGCGUUGAUGGUAUUUAUUUAUUUAAUGAAGUUAUUAUAUAUUUUAAUUACAUUGUAUAAUACUGAAAAUGUUUGUUAAUUUUUAAACAAUUCAUCUUUGUUAAAACUUACUAUUUUAUGUCUCUUAGCUCCAAUUUUUUUUUUCAGAAGGGCACUUAUACCCUAAUUUAAAUUUGCUAUAACUAUUGCUAUAAUAAUAAUACUUUUAUUUUUAAUAAAUACUUAAUUCAAAAAUCUGUGAUUGAUGUAUUUUUUUCUUAUAAUGUUUUGUAAUUGUAAUUGUAAUGUUAUUUUUAUUUUUGAAUGACAUUAGGUAAUUUGUUUACACAAAUAAUAACAAUAUUAUGACUGAUACAAUAAUAUAAUAUUUAUACUACUACAGUAUGAGUGAUAUCAAUUAAUUAUAAACCUUAAAUAGAUUUGACCUUCCGUUCAUAAAAUUCUUUAAGUGUCAGUUUCCAUAGUAUACACUAUGUAACAUAACCUAUUUUGCCUUUUAUCAGUUGAUGUAUACAUUCAUACCUUUGUAUAGAAACCUAAACAAAUAUUUUAUUUUUAAAGGCAAUACUUAAAUUAGAAGAAAAAUCUAGUGUAUUUGUAGCAGCUCAUACUUCAGCAGGUAAAACUGUAAUAGCAGAAUAUGCUAUAGCACUUGCUAAAAAACACCAGUUGAGGUAAAUAUUCGAUUUUCAAAUGAUCCCCGUCUUUUCUCACAAACUGGUUUUAUAAACCAAAUAUUUUUUGUUACCAUUUUGUACUUACCAUUAUAUAUUUAUACAAAAUAAAAUAUACAAUCAUAUAAUAUAUUUAAAAUUACUAAUUUAGGUGUAUAUACACAUCUCCAAUAAAAGCUUUAUCCAAUCAAAAAUUUCAAGAUUUUAAGAAGAAAUUUACAGAUGUUGGUCUUAUAACUGGAGAUUUUCAAGUGAAACCAGAAGCCCAGUGUCUAAUUGUCACAACAGAAAUAUUGUGUUCAAUGCUAUACACUAAUUCAGAAAAAAUUAAAGAAACAGAAUUUGUUGUUCUUGAUGAAGUUCAUUUUGUUAACGACAGAGAAGUUAGUUAGCCAAUAAAAUGUAUUAAUUUAUAUAUAACUCUAGUAUUUAAAUGAUAUACAAUUACUUUCUUAGUACAUAUAUUUAUAAACAAAUACAAUAUAGCAAUAUUAGUUUAAUCAAAAAAUAGAAUAAAAACAAAAUUAUCUCAAGAUUCACCUUUCUUAUUCUCUUGUCAUAUAAAUGUUUCUAGUUCUCUUUUACUUUAUGAGUAUGAUAUUAUUAAUAAUAUUGGUUUUAAAUAAACUAAAAUCUUAAAUGCUGGUCAGCAUAUUGUUACCUCAUAAUGUAAAUUAUUUAAAAUUUUAGGCUUGAUGAUGAGACUGUCCAAAAAUUUCCGACUUCAAACACUGGUACACUGGUACAGUUAAUCAGUUACAAUCUUAGAAUAUGAAUCCCUGAUCUAGGACCACAUAACUUUGGGGGACUCAAAUCACUUAGACAGAGUCCAAUGUACAUUUUUGAAACUUACUAGGUUUUUUUUCUAAAGAUGAACCAAUGUAGAACAUGAUUAUACAUAUAUCACAGUACUUAAUCUUCCUUCACUAACAGACCAUUAACUUUAUGUGAACAAAGAAUUCUUAUGUAGUCUAUUGUCCGGGACAAUACAGUUGAUUCAUCAACCUUAUUGUCCUUAAUUAAUUACAGAGUUCCUUCGAAACUAACACCUUAACACUCCAUUUCACAUUCCCAGUUACUUUACUGAUUAAUUACUAUUAAUUAAUAAAUUACAGUUAAUUACUUAACUAUAGAAUCAAUCUAUAAAUUAAUUUAGUUAGCUAAUUAUUGAAAAAUUAUUCUAAGUUAAGAGUAAAUUGUAACUUUUCUUAACAUUUUUUUGUAAUUUAUUAUUAUUAAUAUAUUUGUUUUUUUUCUCAAUAAAUUAUGUUAUACAACUUCUAUAACAUGUUUAAAAAAAAAAAAUAAAUUUUCAUAAUUAUUUUAAAUUUCUAUGUUAUUGACAAAAUACUUUUAAAUAUAAUAUAUAGAUAUUGGUUAAACAAUAUAUACAUAAUAAUUGAGGAUGUCAUUAACUUUAUGAGAUAGUGUAUAAAUAAAAAUAUAAUAUGUUCCUGAUUAGGUAUUUAGAUGGCAUAAUAUAUAUGUAUUUUUUAUUAAUAUUAUAUUUCUUUUUAUAUUAUCUAUGAACUACUAAUUAAUUAAUUUGUUUUUAAUGUACAUUUGAAAAGUAAGAUGAAAAAAAUUUAAUAUACAGAUUUUUUUUUGAUAUUAAAAUUAAUAUAAUUUUCCUUUUGGUUAAUAUAAAAUAAAUUUAUAUUAUUUUGAUGUAUAUUUCUUUAUUUGAAUUAUUAAUAGAAGUUUUAUUCCAUGAUUAUAAUAUGAGUUGUUUAUUAAAAUAAUUAUGAACUUUUAUUUUGUUCAUAGAGAGGUCACAUAUGGGAACAAAUUUUAAUUAUGCUUCCUAAACGUGUAAAAUUAGUUAUGUUGAGUGCAACUGUAACAAAUGUCAUUGAAUUUGCUAACUGGAUUGGGCGUACUCGCAACUCUAAGAUUUAUGUUGUGUUUACUCUUUAUCGACCAGUUCCUCUUGAACAUUAUAUUUAUGUUGGCUCAAAUACAUCUUUGGAAAUAAAAGACAAUAUGCAUCUAGUUCGAAAAUCAGACAGCAGAUUUCUUGUAAAUGGGUAUGAUUAUUUUUGAUAGUUUUAGGAUUUUAUUGAACUAGGUUGUUACUACAUUAUAAACUUUGAAAUAUCAGGGUAUUUUAAAUUUGUCAUGAAAAUUCAGAAAUGUCAGAAAAAAAUAUUUAUAGUUACAAAUCACUGUAGAUACACUUAACUGUGUAUAGUUCAUACUUAAUUAAUUAAAGAAAAUUGUUUAACUACAUUAAUAACAAGACAAAUUUGCGAAUUAAUAGCUUUAAUUAUGUAUUAUUAUUAUACCCUGCAUUAUACUGUAGAGCUACAGGAAGAGAUCAAGUAUGUGAAUACUUUAUAUUAUGUGAAUGCCAGAUAAUAAAUAUUUUGUUAGGUUCUCUAACUAUCAAUUAUUAUUAAACUACUCCAACUAAUAAUUCUUCUCCUUUUCUUCAAUCCAACUAUUUGGGGUCAAACUACCUAAAUUUAAAAUUAGAAUACCUCAUUGACAGAAAUCAAACAUUUUAAUAUCAACAUUUAUUUAAAGUAAUACUUUUAGUUCUCAUUUGAAAAACUAAAGUUUGCAUCACUAAAGGCUACUCUUUAAAUGUAGUGAAAAAUCUAAGUAUUCGAAAAUACACAAAAAAAUUCCAAAAAUCACAAUUUGAAUAUAUGCAAAAUUUAAUCAAAAAAAAUGGGGUGAGUACACUUAGUGAACCAUCCUACAUACAUUAAAAUAUAAAUUCAGUAUCUAAGUAUUUAAAAAUAACAAAAAUGUAAUUAGAUAAAACAUUUAAAAAUUUGAUUAAAACAAUACAUAUAAAUAGUACCCCAUAAAAAAUAAUCAGUAAAAUCUGGGUAUUUUGAAAUCUUACAUCUGUACCAACCCUUAAUUAAUUGAAAUAUUAAAUAAGGUUAUUUAAAUAUAUUUACAGAUAUCGUAAAGCUUUUGACCAAUUUAAAAAAAAUCAAGGUAGAAAGAAAUAUCGGAAUAUUAAAUAUGGAAAACCCAAAUGGAUCAAUUUUCUUAGAUUUCUUGAUAAGAAUAGUUUAUUUCCAGUAGUUGUUUUCAUUUUAUCCAGAAAAAAAUGUGACAUAAUGGCAGAAUCUCUAAAAAAUUCUGUAAGUUUUUUAUUGAAUAAUAAAGAAUCGCAAGCAAAUGAAUAUUUUUUCAAUGAGGCUAUAAAAAAAUUAAAACCCGAAGAUAGGAUAUUACCUCAAGUAACUAUUCUUAUAUUUAGUUAUUAUUCUAAUAAUUUAAAGAUUAAUUUUUAGGUUGUUUUGAUGAAAGAACUACUGUGUCAAGGUAUUGCGGUUCACCAUAGUGGUAUUUUACCAAUAUUAAAAGAGAUUGUUGAAAUGCAAUUUCAAAAAAGUUUGGUUAAGGUAAUUAAAAUUUUAAAAAUAAUUGAUCAGUUUUUUAUUAAAUUUAAUUUAAUCACACACUAAAUUACUUUACAGUGUCUUUUUGCCACAGAAACAUUUGCAAUAGGUAUUAAUAUGCCAGCAAGAACAGUGGUAUUUAAUGAUAUUAACAAAUUUGAUGGCAUAGAAAAACGAAAUUUGGCACCAGCAGAGUAUACUCAAAUGGCAGGACGUGCAGGUCGUCGAGGCCACGACCCUAGUGGUACAGUGAUAAUUAUGGCAACAGAAAAACUACCUAAUGACCAAGAAAUGACCAAUAUGAUGCUAGGUUGGUUUUAAAUUAAAAUAAUACAUAUUUUUAAUAUUAUAUACAUUUUAGAUCCCUUUCUAUUUCUUUUAGGUAAAUCUGCAAAAUUUGAAUCUCAAUUCAAAGUUAGUUAUUCUAUCAUUUUGAACAUGUUUAAAAUAAAAAACUCUGACACUCUGGAAACAAUUUUAAGUAGUAGUUUUAUUGAAGCUGAUAGAGCUAAGAAAAAAGAUGAAUAUAUUAAAGAAUUGAAUUCUUUAAAAGAAUUAGAUGAAAAUGAUUAUUGGCAACCAACUAGCCAGCAAGAAUUAAUUGUAAAUGAAUUCUAUCUUGCUACUAAAGAGUAUUUAAACUGCAGAAAAGAAAACUGGGUAAUUAUAUUAUAAAAAAAUACUUACUAGUAUCAAAAGUUAUUUUUUACUAUUAAAUAAAUCAAAAAUAUAUUUUAAUCUAAGUAUACCAAUAUUUUAUAAUUUAAAUUGUAUAAUUAAUUAGUUUAGUUUAAUAUUAAUUACACAAUUGAGUUAAAUAAUUUACAUUAAUAUUAUAAAUAAAUGACAUAUUUACUGAUUUUUAAAAUACAAACAAUUUUUAAUUCAGAAGUCCAAUACCUCUUUACUUCCUGUAAAUACACCACUAGGAUAUACAUUUAUUAUAAAUCAAUUUUUUUUACUUUUAAAUUUUAUAUUUGUAUGCAAUAAAUUUAUAGGUAAUACAUAUAUUAUUAAAAAUUCUAUAAUAUAAAUUUUAUUAUAUAAAAUAACAUAUCCUAACUGACUGACUGACAGACUGAUUUAUUAUCGCCUAGCCCUAACUACACAAACAUGCUGAAAUUUAGCAUACAAAUAGCUAUUAAAAUAUAAGCAUCCUCUAAGAAAGGAUUUUUGAAAAUUCAAACCUCAAAAGGGGUUAAAUAGUGGUCUUUAGGUAUUUUUUGGUACAAAUAUUUAAUUGUUCAUUUGUUCAUCUUUGGGUACUUAUGAGCUACCUUGGUGACAUGGAUGACAAUUUGGUUGUCAUGGACAAGAAAUCUAUUAUUUACACCAUUAUCUAGUAAUAGCAAAGCAUUGCUGGGUUAGCUAAAUUAGAUGGUGGCCAGAUAUAAAAUACUAAAAUAUAGGACCUUAAAAAAAAAAAAAUAAAUCAAUAUUCUUUGGGCAUUUGAUCACAAUUUUACAAAUUAUAAUUAUUUGUUUAAUAUUUUAUUAUGAGUAUUAAUAAUAUGGAUUAAUAUGAUUUAUUUGAUGGCCAAAGUUGAUAUGAAUACAACAAUAUUUGCACACAAAAUUAUGAACAGUGGACACCAACUGACUAACCUAUUACCUACAAAGUUUACGAAUUAUAAAUCCUGUAUAGAAUCAUAGAAAUGUGGCCACAAAAAGAAAAAUAAGCAAAAAUAUACUCAUAUUGUCUUAUCUGCCACCCUAUAGGUCUUCCGAAUUUGAUCCAAUUUUAUACAUAUAAUUAGAUUUACCUAUUCAUUAUCAAAUAGCUAUAUAAUAUUAUUUUAAAAAUGCAUUUAUAUUUUCUACUGUAUCAAUAUUUUAUGUAGAUAGAUGAUAAUUGUAUGUAUAUUUUUUACAUAUUUUGUAUAUAUAUUAUGUUUAUAUUAUGGGCAUUUUGAAUUCUGGACAAUUUAGCAUUCUGAAAACUUUUUUCAGGAUAACAAGACAGACUUUUGAAGUACAAUAAUUUCUCAGAUAAUACUGUACAUCUGGUUAUCUUAAUUAUAAUAUAUUGUAAACAAUAAAUGUAUAUUUAUACUGUAAAUGGGUUUAUACUACACUUCUUGUGAUAUAGUUAUAAAUAAUAAAAUAAUUAUGUGAUUACUAGUUAAUCAUUUUAGUUUACAAUAAAAUAUUUUGACACUACAUAUUUAUUAAGUAUUCAAAUAUUAAAUUUAGGAUAAAAUAUAUGCAGCAGCUGAUAUAAGUUUUAGUGAAAAUGGCAGAUUUGUUAUUAUUGCAUACCAACAUUAUAUUGGUAAACUAGCUAUUAUAUUAUCAAGUAAUACAAAAAAAAUUCCAAAAGAAUUCCGGUAAAUUGAAUUAUGUAUUAUAUUAUAGCUUAUGAAUACUUGGUCUUCAUAAUUUGUUUUAUAUAUUUCAGUGUAUUAGUAUUAGACAAAGAUAACAUAAAAAAUGAAUUAUCUGAUAAUAAAAUUGAUUCGUGGUCUAAAUAUAUCUAUUUAUCUCAAAAAAGAAGACAAAUAAAUAGAUCAUUAGAUGUUUUCUGGAAUAAUGCACAUACAAUUUUAACUAUAUCUUCAAAUUCAAUUAUGGCAAUUACAAAAUUUUCUGGAAAUUUUGAUUAUGAUUCCAUUAUCAAAAAUUGGGAAAUGAGGCAACAUGAAAAUUUUAAGUAUGUAAAAUAUAAUCAUAUUUAAGUAUUUUUACUCACAUAUAAUAUUUUAUAUAAUAAAUGGAAUUAUUAUAUGUGAUGGCAAGGUUUAAGAAUUGAAUUUUUAUUUAAAACAAUUUAUUGACAUGUAAUAAAUGUAUAAUAUGUAUUAAAUAUUUUGAGUUUUAACAAUUAUUUAGACAUGCAGCCAUUUCAAAUCACUGUCAGCGAGCUAUCACAAUGCUAUCAGAAAAGACGUUAUUAUUAAAUCGAUCAAAAGUAGCUAAUUCAAUAUUAAAUUUGUUUGAUCUUCAGAUCCAUCAACUUGAAUUACACAUAAAUAUGUUGCAUUUGAUUGCAUUAGAAAAUCAAUUACAUAGUAUAGAUUUGUCUGAUGUUAUUGCAUUUGAAGAAGUAGUAAGUGUGUGUUUUAUAGUGAGUAUAUUAUGGUUCUAAAACAGAAAAUUAUGAUUCACAGUUAUAAUGUACAAGUGGGUGUCACCUAGCUUCCCUAGAAUGGUCUUUUUAUUUAAUUUCACUGUUUUUUUCCUUUAUUUUUGUUUGUGUGUAUAAGGAUGUUAUAACAACUUUUUUGUUUGCAAUUACUUGUAUAUGAUCUUCAGUCUUUUCUUCAGCCACUAAAAAAAAAAAAAAAAUCAUCUGGUCAUUUUGUUGAUAUAUUUAUUAUAAUUAUUUCCACGUGAUAUGAUAUUUAAGAAAUAAUCACUUAAAAGAACCUCAAAAAAACUCAAUUAUUAUCAAAUUUAUUAAAGUGACCUGAACUUGGCUUUGCCUGAAUGUUUUGUUAAUUAUGCGAAACAUGUCUUCAAAAACAUUUAAAUAUUUGAAUACUUAAUAAAAAAAAUUAAUUUUUAUUAUAAGUGAUUAAGUGUUUAUGAAAAAUGUUUACAACACCAUAAAUUACACUGUACAAAGGUUAUUCAAGACCACACAUUUUUGUCAUAAUACAUCCCUAUUCAUUUCAUGGUGGAUACAAUCUCGGGCCCAAUAUGAACGAAGUUGUUAAUUAUGCCAAUCCUCAAUGUAUUAAAUAUUUAAUUAAUGUCAUUGUCUGUAAUUGUAAUGGAAUUGUACAAUUCAAUGGAUGUAAAGUUAUUAAAGAAUUUAAUACAUCAUUAAUGAUGAUCGAAAUAUUUUUUUGAGAUUCUUUAGAGUGAUAAUUUUGUGAAAGGGGCAGAAAUAAUUUUUAAUACGAAAAAACUCUGAAGAUGUUCAAAAAUAAUAUCACUUUUGAUCUCCUGGUGAACCAGGAAGUAGCUUAGUUACAUUGGGAAAUGUUUUGUAUCUUUCUAUUUCAAUAAAAUUAACAUUUGAUAAAAAAAAACCCCAUAAGAAGAACAAAAAUCACUUUCAACCUCCUGGUGAUCAUCAAAAGUCUUUAGGGUGAUUUUCAUGUUUACACUGAUACUAUUGAGGUCAAACUGAAUAUCUAUGUAAAUUUCAAGACAAACAGCCAUGUAGUUUAGGAGAUCACUACUUUCAUUGUUAUUUUCUUUUACAGUGUUAUUAAAGUGGUAUACAGCAUAUUACCAAAUACCUAAAGAAUUAAAUGAUUUACUUUAUAUUAUAUAUAUAUGAACAACAUUAAUAUUUAAUGAGUGUUGAUUUCAUAAAAAUUAUUUGAAUAAUUAUUCUUGUCUAUAAUUGAUUAGAUUUUAAACCAGAACUAGUUUGAAAAUUAAAUAUAAUGAAGCUAUAUUUCAUAGAUUUAAACAAUAUAUUAUAUUAUAUUAUAAUUGAAUGAUUUUAGUUCUUAAAAGUUUAUAAAUAUCAAACAAGAAAAGAAAGAAUAGCAGAAUUGGAACACCAAAUAUCAAAUAAAACAUUGCAAUUAUACAAUGAAUACAUAAGCAAAGUAGGAGUUCUCAAAGAACUAAAAUAUAUAAAUCCUAAAAAUGAAAUAAGUAAGUAAUCAUUAUUAAUUGUUAUAAAAAUGUAUAAUAUAUGAUUAUAUUUGUUUAAUUUUAGCAACUCAAAAGGGAAAUGUAGCUGCAACUAUGGGAUCACAUGAACUUUUAAUUACUGAGUUACUUUUAUGUAAUAUGUUUGAAGAAAUGAAACCGGAAGAAAUUGCUGCAGUUCUAUCAUGUUUAGUUUGUGAGUCAAAAUCUGAUUUUGAUGUGGGAUCAAUUAAAGAAGAAAAUUUAGUGAAGGUAUAAAUUGAAGAAAAAUUGUUUUACAUUAAAAAAUACUCAAAAACCACAAUUUUAUAAUUAAAAAUAUUGUAAUCUUAGGGAAUGAAUUUAAUUAAACAAAAACAUAAUUACAUUCAGUCAGUUGAAUCAAGCUAUUUGAGCAACUAUGAACGUGUUGAUCUUAACUUUAAUCUAGUUAAAGUGCUACAUUUAUGGGCUCAACAGAAGGUAAACCAUUAUAUAAAUACAAACGUAAUAUAGAUAUUGUACUCACCUGUAUCACAUGUUUUUACCAUUGUUAAUCAAUGAAAUAAUUCAUUUUUCUUAGCCUUUUUCUGAAAUAAUGGAAAUAACAGAUAUUCAAGAAGGAAUUAUAGUACGAUGUAUAGUUCAAUUGAAUGAAAUUUUGACGGUUAUUAAAAAUGCAGCAAAAACAAUUGGUACUAAUACAAUCAGUGAAAAAAUGCAAGUAGUUCUUGAAAAAAUAAAAAGAGAUAUUGUAUUUACUCCAUCUUUAUACAUGGAAUAAGUUUUAGUUUAAAAGGCAUAUAAAUAAAUUAUAAUAAUUGACAAAAAUAUUAAAUCUUUAUUACUAUUAUUAGAGUGUUUAAUUUGUACAAAAUCUGAACAAUAAUAGGUAUAAACCCAU